CUACUUUAAUGCACUAUUAUUACGCUUUGCUGUAUUCUAUUAAAUAAUUUAGAAUUAGGUUAUAUAUAAUCUGUCAUAUAUCACGAGAUUCUUUUUACAUAUAUAUAUUCUGCAAUGCAUGCAACGUAAGAAUAUAUUAGUUCCUACUCUCUAGAAAGCGCAACACUACAUUCUCGAUUAUCACUAUUUCCUGUAUGAAAAUUGAAGACUCUCUAUAUUAAGCGUAACCAAUGCUUAACACUUCUGGCUUGAGUUUUUUUUCUUUGAAUUAAAUUUUAGAUUUAAUAUUUUGAUCAAUCAACAACCUGUGUUUUUGGAUGGCUGUAGACUUUUAAAUUAAUAUUCAUAACGCGUGGAAAUCCGAACAAUACGCAUUCAACCCAUAAAUGCUUAACCAGAAAUAUGAAAUAUUGGUUUUUAUGUUUAGUAUAAAAACAUUGCACACUUCAUUGCAUUUAUCAACACGCCAUCUACCUGUCGCUACGAUGCGUUAAAGAGCAGAAAUUUCUGCUUGUUCUGCUGCGGACGAGAAUCUCGUCACGAGAUUAUUCGUAAAGUAUCAAGCGGCUACUUCUUAGAGAAAACAAAUUAUGAUGGCAAGCAAGGCUUGGAAGGUAGUCCAACCGCACGUGCCAAUGAUUAAAUUUCGCAAGGGAGGCGUUAAUCCAGCAGUCGUGGGUGCUGUUCCGUCUGCGCGAUCAGGACCGACCCAAGUGCAACAGAGCGCAGGCGGUACAACGGGUCCUCGCGUGGUCGCUUUGCCGACGAUAGAAGACAUUCAUCUGCCACUGCGAUAUCAGAGACGACCGAUAGAUCAAAAAGAAAUUGAAUAUAUUAAUCGUGGUGGACCAGAGUGAAUAUAGUACAAAUGUUUAGGAUAUUAUGAGCCACAUCUUUGCAAGUUAAUUAACUUGAUUGAUUUGAUAUUGAUUUAAUGCAAUGUGCUGUUCAAAUAAAUGGACGUAAUUGCGUGCUGU